AUGCCCGUAUCGAUAUUGGACUUACCCGAUGAUAUCUUACUAGAAUUCUGUUGUGGAUAUUUAUCCGUACAGGAUUUAUGUCACUUGGAGCAAGUGUGCCGACAAUUUUAUUCUUUACUUAAUUCCUAUACUUCACCCUGGAAGCGAAUUCUUGUCAAGUUAACGAAUGUUUCGUUUUCUCAAUUGAAAAAUGCUAUCGGCUGUCCAACAUUUGAAAACAUUUAUCAAAAACCGUCAAUCAUAUCCCACUCAUUCCAUCUCCCACUCGAAUAUCAACACGAAAUUCUGUUUAAUCGUUCCAAUGAGUUGCCUUCUAUUCUUCCAGUCGAUUAUCGUCGACCAUCUAAUCAAUUAGUUUCUUGUUCAAAAGUUGAUUGUGAUGUACGUCGUUUUGCAAAAGAUUACCGCAGUCGAAUACCAUUAGCAUUCCGUUGGAACCGUGAAAAUAAUUACGUAGAUCAUACUUUGAUUAAAUUUGUUCGUCGAACUCAAACUUCAUUACUUCAAUACGAUGAACAUAAUCAUCAUCUUUGGUUUUCCAAGGAUGGCACACUGCGAUGCUUGAAUCUAUCAACGAAUCAAAUUCAGUAUUCACAUGAAUAUGAGCACGAUGAUAUACUUUGCUAUAAAGUCUAUGAUCGACAUCUAAUUGCUCUGGCAAAUGGAAAUUCGUUGAGAAUCAUUUGUCGACAAACGAACGAUGUUCAUACAUGUGACAAUAAUCAAAGCAUUGCUCCUACUGACAGUAAAUGGAAUGAUAUACUUUCCUUAGAUGUUUACUCCAAUGAUCAAGAAAGGUAUUUGAUAAUUAAUGGCUCACGUGAUCAUUCUGUUUCGAUACGCGCCUUUGAUAUGUCUUCACAAGUUCAUCAAAUGAUCUGGAGCACCAGAGUUGACGAUCGUGUUCUAUGUAAUCGAUUUACUAGUGAUGGACAGCAUUUCUUAAUUGGUACUGGUAGUAGAACGAAUAUUUAUCCGUUGGUGUUAUUCAAUACUGAAAGAGCUCAACCAAUUCAUGUCUAUGAUGCAAACUAUCGCGUUGGUGCUGGAGUACGUUGUAUCGAAUGGGUUUCAUCGAAUGUUUUCAUCGCUGCUGGUUUCGAUAGUCAAUUCAAGGAAUUCGAUCUACGUACAGGCAUGUGUCACUAUACAUUCGAUGAUGAAUUCGGCAAUGAUUAUUGUUCAUUGGCUGCUUCCGCUGAUCAAAAUGAUGUAUCAAACGGCAUUGUGCUGGGUUGUAAUCGUCAUUCAACUGUCCGUCUUGUUAAUCGUAGACAACGACAACUACAAAAGGUCUUUUUUGUUUCGACACAAGUUAGUCCGGUACAUAGCUUGGCUAUAACACCGGAAUAUCUAUUUGCAUCGUUGGAUCGGUCUAUAGUUGCGUUGGAUUUUACAAAAAACAAUAGACAUUUAUCUCAAGUUCAUUACAGAUUUUGA